AUGUCAAUGCACGGCAACCAUAAGAUUGAGUGCACUGACGUGAAAAUAUUGCUACUUAGGUUUGAUGUAACAAAAAAUGAAUUAAACGUAAUUUCGGACAAUUCCACUGGACGUGCAUACCCUCAAAUGAGCAUGAUAAUCACGAACUACAAACCGACGGUGGAGGAACUCCAUCGAGGGGAAUAUGAGAUCGAAGGCGAGACACUGACCCUCGACCUCCUGGACACGUCAGGGGCGCACCAGUUCCCCGCCAUGAGGGAGCUCGCCAUCAGGCAGUCGGACGCCUUCAUUCUCGUCUUCGCCAUCGAUGACCCGUCGUCCUGGGAAACCCUGGCGUCCCUCAGAGAAGAGAUCGUGCGUCUGCGUGGGCCAGCGGUGCCUCUUGUAGUCGUGGGCAACAAGUUGGACAUGGAAGGCCGCCGGUGCGUGGCGCGGGCGGCGGCGGAAGCACGGGCGUCCCUAGACUGGAACGCCGCCUACACUGAGACUUGUGCUCUGCAGCCGGACGACGUCCUUUGCCUCUUCAAGAUGGUCCUGCAUCAGGGGCAGGCAAUAACUUCACUCCGCCAUCCGUCCUCAGGUGCGCUACAAGCUGAGUCCAGCCGUCGAAAGGCGCAGGAAAUCGCUCCCCACGUACACGCAGAAGCAGAAGCAAGAGAAAUUCUUCUUCAAAAGGCACUCAUGCAACGUCUCUUAGAUUUCGAGAAGCGCGUCGCCUUCGCCUCCUUCAGUGAGACUCAGAAGGAGGGAGCCUAA